UGUUCUGGAAUACGAAACUUCUGGACUAUGAUUUCUGCUUCAGCAGAGAACGUUGAACACGUUUCCUACUUUCCUUUCCAUAUCUGGAAGAAAGGUUAGCUGUUCUUGCUUGUUGUGUGUUGUCUUGGUUCAUUUUUUUUGUAGUGGUGCUCUAAAUAUGAAAAGAGUAUUCUACAAAAGAUAAUUCAGCCAGCUUUUUAUCUGGAUGACACCUGUGUGCAGUGGAUUCUACCAAAAGUUUGUGGUAAUGUUAAUGUUUGGGGAAUAGGUGAAAAAAAACAAAUAAAACCUAAGUGUUUUAUCACAAAGCAAGAAAAAAUAGUUAUGGCAAUUUUUUUUUUUGGUGGUAGCCACUGUGAAAGGCUGAAUUAAAAGACAAGAUUUUUCCCUUUCAUGGAUGUUUACACAGACAGACAUGAUGACAGUAAAAAUAAUUACCAAAAAACAGUCUUAUGUUGUAGUGUUCUUUAUUUGGCUUUUUUCAAAGAUUGGUAAGCAUGAUUUAGAAAACACUAAACCUUGCAAUGCAACCUUCCCUUUUGGGUGAGAGAAGGACUUAAUUGCUGUUUAAGAGAAAGUAAAAUCUUCAAGUAGCCUUGAAACCUUUUUUCAAUGAAGUAAACAGAAGAAAUGAAUAGCUUUAAACAAGUUUAUUUUAUGGUUGAACAUAGAGUAAAUGCUAUUCCUGCUGUCAGAUCAGGGGUUUAAUAACAUGGAGUAAUUUAUGAGGUUGUGUUUACUGUUGUUUUCUUUUUUAAAACUUACACCCCUCUAGCAGUGCAUGGAAGGAUACUGAAAUGUAAUUAUAGACCUGUCAAAACAGCUCACAGUGGACUGGUGGCACCCUUUGAAGACGGCGAUAUACUGAUGGAUGAAUUUGUCAGGAAAACAAUUGUUUCUCUUGGCUUGUGGAUUCUCUUUAACAAUAUGGGAAAAUACUUAGUCCUGAAUCCAGUAAGACCAUACAAAUGAGCUGAGAGAAAUUACUUCAAUACGUCUGUACCAGUGUAAUGACAGCGAUUAGUAUGUUUGCAUCCUGAUCUCAUAAUUGACAAAGCUGAGACGGUGAAACCUGACUGUUGAAGGGUGCAGGGUGUGAACCUGCUCAAGCAGGUACAACUGACAGGUGCUUGCAAAGAUGUCUAAAACUAACAAAUCAAAAUCUGGAUCCCGUUCUUCCCGUUCGAGGUCUGGAUCAAGAUCACGCUCGCGUUCCUUCUCCAAAUCUCGCUCCCGUUCUCGUUCUGUCUCACGGUCAAGAAAACGCAGACUUAGUUCUAGGUCCCGUUCAAGAUCGUAUUCUCCGUCUCAUAACAGAGAAAGGAACCAUCCAAGAGUCUAUCAGAACCGGGAUUUCAGAGGUCAUAAUAGAGGAUACAGGAGACCGUAUUAUUUUCGUGGCCGAAAUAGAGGGUUUUAUCCAUGGGGCCAGUAUAACCGAGGAGGAUAUGGGAAUUACAGGUCAAACUGGCAAAAUUAUCGCCAAGCAUAUAGCCCUCGUAGAGGGAGGUCACGCUCUCGUUCUCCCAAGAGAAGAUCUCCUUCACCAAGGUCCAGAAGUCAUUCUAGAAAUUCUGAUAAGUCAUCUUCUGAUCGGUCAAGGAGGUCUUCCUCUUCCCGGUCUUCCUCAAAUCAUAGCCGGGUUGAGUCUUCCAAGCGUAAAUCUGGAAAGGAGAAAAAGUCGUCUUCCAAGGAUGCCCGGGCAUCUCAGGCUGCAGGAGAGAAUCAAGGUGAUGAGUCUAAGGAGCAGCCUUUUUCAGGAGCAGUGGCUCAAGAUGCCAAGGCAUCUGAGGGAUCAAAACCAUGGCAAGAUAUGACCACCUAUGGUACAAGUUCAGCGUCGAGAGCUUCUGUGUCUGAACUUAGCCCAAGGGAGCGCAGUCCUGCAUUAAAAAGCCCUCUCCAGUCGGUAGUGGUGAGGCGUCGUUCUCCUCGGCCAAGUCCAUUGCAAAAGUCGAGCCCUCCCCUGUCCAGCCCGUCGCAGAUGAGCUCUGCGUUACAAAGCAGCAGCGCCUCCUUUCAGGCAGGCUCUCAUCAGAGUCCGUUUGACCAUGGCUCGGCAGGUUUGAGCCCGACAAGGAAGAGCCCUGUGUGCAAAAGUCCAACACCAAUCGGUUCAAUGUACAGUACAUCUCAGAAGGAGGAAACCACAGCUCCUGGAGGAGGAGCCUUCUCAAAAAGGUAUCUGGAAGAGCAGAAGACUGAGAAUGGGAAAGACAAAGAACAGAAAGUAACAAAUGUUGAAAAAGAAAAAAGUAAAGAAAAAGGGAAUUUCUCUGAGUUGGGAUCAACAGAUGGAAAGGGAAAAUCUGACACCUAUGUGUCCAAAGCUGACUCCGAGAAGGGAUACCGUGGCAGCCAGUCGCCCAAGCGCUACAAGUUCCGGGAUGACUUUGACAAGCUGAAGGUCCCGGAAUUCCACAAGGAGAGUCAUUAUGGCAAAGAGGAAACAGAUGAGCAGGAAAAGAAAGAUAAGGCAAAGGGCCGAAAAGAUUCGGAAUUCGAUGACGAGCCCAAAUUUAUGUCUAAGGUCGUAGCAACUUCAAGUAAAAGUCAAGAAGAAGAUAGGUCAGGAAAAUGGGAAGGCGUGGUGUUCUUGCCCCCUGGAAAAGAGAAACAAAGGAAACCUGACGAAAUGGAGGAGGAAAGCUAUUCUGACAGAUCAAAAAAAGAAGAGAGACCAGCAUCCAAGAGAGCUGAACCAGGUCACAGGGGCUUUGUUCCUGAAAAGAAUUUCAGAGUGACCACUUACAAAUCAAGCCAGGAAAAAAGUUCUUCCCCUCCUCCAAGGAAGACUUCUGAAGUAAAGGAGAAACCAGGCACCAAAGGAGAGGGGCUAACUCCUGGCAAAUCCUCCUUUUCCAUUACUCGUGAAGCCCAGGUCAAUAUUCGAAUGGAUUCCUUUGAUGAAGAUCUUGCACGUCCGAGUGGCAUAUUGGCUCAGGAACGCAAGCUGUGUCGUGACCUUGUGCACAGCAACAAAAAAGAGCAAGAAUUUCGUUCGAUUUUCCAUCAUAUUCAAUCUGCUCAGUCUCAGCGAAGUCCUUCUGAACUGUUUGCUCAACAUAUAGUGACUAUAGUGCAUCAUGUAAGAGAGCAUCACUUUGGGUCUUCAGCAAUGACACUGAAUGAACGCUUUACCAAAUAUCUAAAGAAAGGAAUGGAACAAGAUGCCGCUAAAAACAAGAAGAGCCCUGAAAUCCACAGGAGGAUAGAUAUAUCUCCUAGUACUUUUAGAAAACAUGGAUUCUCUCAAGAGGAAACGAAAAGUUCCAGAGAUCCUGGCUUCAAGGCUGAAGGGAAAUAUAAGGACGACCCUGUCGACCUGCGCCUUGAUAUUGAACGCCGUAAAAAACAUAAGGAAAGAGAUCUUAAACGUGAUAAAUCCAGAGAAUCGGUGGACUCAAGAGAUUCAAGUCACUCAAGGGAAAGAUCAACUGAGAAAACAGAGAAAAGUCACAAAGGCUCAAAGAAAAAGAAACACCGAAGGGUACGUGAGAGAUCCAGAUCCAGUUCGUCAUCGUCACGGUCCUCUCAUUCGGUCAAAGCGGAGGAGUAUCCUGAGGAGACUGAGGAGAGGGAGGAAAGCACCACGGGCUUUGACAAGUCCCGCCUUGGGACUAAAGAAUUCAGUGGUCCAAAUGAGAGAGGAAGAGCUAGAGGGACCUUUCAGUUCAGAGCAAGAGGCAGAGGAUGGGGCAGAGGCAACUUUUCAGGCAACAAUAACAGCAACAGCGGCGGCAACAACGACUUCCAGAAACGAACCAGAGAUGAGGAGUGGGAUCCAGAAUACACACCCAAGAGCAAGAAAUACUACUUGCACGAUGACCGGGAGGGAGAAGGUGCGGACAAGUGGGUGAACAGAGGCCGUGGUCGGGGUGCUUUCCCCCGAGGAAGAGGUCGCUUCAUGUUCCGCAAGUCAAGCACCAGCCCUAAAUGGGCUCAUGACAAAUUCAGUGGAGAAGAAGGAGAAAUCGAAGAUGACGAAAGCGGAACAGAAAACAGAGAGGAAAAGGACACCUUACAGACGACGGCUGAGUAGCAGCAGCGUCCGUGUGUCUCCGACAGCCCUGGCGGGAGGGAAGGGGUGCUGGGGGCUGUCAGGGCGAUGGUGAUGAGCAGGGCCCCGGAGCGGAGCUCUGAAACCAUCCGAAGUUAACUGCAUUUCCAGAGUUCAGCCUCCCUAGCGUGGACUAGAACUGAGAAACCAUUGAUGCUUGGAUCCACUUGGAGUCUAUCUUCCCAAAGACUUACCUUCUGGACUGAAUAAGGUCAAGUGCUGGGUGAGAUCCUGGAUUUUCUUGUCUGUGACCUUAUUGAACGGUCGGUUAUUUUUUUGGUAACGGGCUUUGAAGACAAUGUGGAUUUUGGUUUGUGCCCAUCUUAACCCAGUAGUCUUGACAUUUUUGUUUUCUCUUUUAUAAUUUGAAAUAGUAAAGGUCGGGAUUAACUCGCCAGUUCAAAUUUUUCUCCCCUAUUGUGUAUUCAAUUUUUUAAAUUCAUACUCUACUUAUUUUAGGCCUUUACGUAUGUAGUAACAUCAAUUCAAUGAUAAUUUUGGAAACUAUUUUUGGUUCUUAUAAAUAAGAAAACAAUGAAGCAUGUGAAUAAACAUCUAAAUGUUAACUUGUUGGGACCAAACUGCUAUGAUUUUUUUUAAAAAACUUUUUUUUUUUUUAUGUAACAGUUGAGUUUAGGGCCUUUUAAAAACAAUUGUUUUCCUUUUAUGUUGAAAGUUAACAAAAUUAGCAUGGUUUAAAAAAAAAAUAAAAUAAAAUUACACCCUACUUUUCACCACUGUUUGUGUACAGUGUUAGGCCUGGUGUGUGCUGGAGCCCCAAACUGCUUGUAGGCAUUUUGUGUAUCCUCUUUGCAGCUGGUUGUGAACCUGAGUGCUCUUUCCAAGGUAACAUAGUUUUCUAAGAAACUUCAGAAUUCUACUAGGUUAAAAAUAUAAAAGGAGAUGAGAAUUUUUCAAUAUUUUUUAUUAAUCUUUUUAUAAAAACGAAAGGCAAAUCCCUCCUGUGCUGGCUGAGGACGGCUGUUGCGACGUAUUUCUUUUUAUCUUCUACUUAAAAACAUUCUGAAGGAGUUUGCAGGCAGUUCUCUGGUUGAGUCCGUGAGCGGCCGGAGCAGGAGAGGCAUGUCCACGUACCGCCGCUGAGUGUGCACGUGCUGCAAAGACACCGCGCUCCCUCUCCUCUGCCUUCCCCCCCCCAGGAUUGCUGUGCUGUUCCCCCCCCACCCACCAAUAGAGUUUGGUUUGUUUUGACUUGAACAGUUCCUGUUUAGCAAAGCCCUGAAGUUUGUUUAUGCAAAUAAAAUACAAU